AAUUACGAACCGCCCCUUUCGUCGCACUACGCUUCCUCCGAGCGCCAUGGGAGGAGCGGUCGGAGCGAUCCCCAUCCUCGUCGCCGCCCUGGUCCUCUCCCUUUGCCUCCAUGGAUGCCGAUCUGUCCAGGAAUUAAGUGGAGUUGCUGGAACCCGGACUCAUUUACAAGAUGAUACAAAAAAGCAUGAAGUACAUUGUUCUAGGGAAAGGAGUAGGAUUGCUUGGAAAAUUAUUGAAGAGUAUUUAAUGCCCUUCGUAGAGCAAGAGCAAUAUGAAAUUUCCAGUAAGUGCAGGCUCCAUUCUGAUAAUGAUAUGUUCCGGGAACAAGAGCAGCAUAAGAUUCAUGUGGAAACAAAUGAGUGGCGCUGUGGCUUCUGUAAGAAAAGCUUCCGAGCUGAGAAAUUUCUCGAUCAACAUUUUGACAACCGACACUAUAAUCUGCUGAAUUAUAGCCAAGGACAAUGCUUGGCAGACUUGUGUGGAGCACUGCAUUGUGACCGGAUGGUCGAGUCCAAGAAGUCCAAGACUAAAUGCAAUCCAGCAGCUGCUGCUCGGAACCACCAUCUUUGUGAGAGCCUUGCAGAUAAUUGUUUUCCAACCAACCAAGGUCAUUCGGCAAGUCGUCUUCAUGAAUUUUUCCUGCGUCAGUUUUGUGAUGCUCAUACAUGCACAGGGGGGAAGAAGCCCUUCUCUCGGGGUGGCAAGAAGCAAUCAAGUGUCCUUUACCUGGCUGUCUGUAUAUUGAUAGUGAUGUUGUUGCCUCUGUUCUAUCUAAUGGUUUAUUUGCAUCAAAGAGAAAUGAAGAAACACAUCCAAGACUUGAAACGCAUCCGAAAAACAGGGCGGAAGACAAAGCCUUCAUAGAUGAGGAAGGAUGAAGCAAAUCAGCUGGUGGAAAGCUAUGGAGUCACCCCCGAAUCCAGUGUUGCAAUAUUGCCUCUGCAUGGUGAAGUUUUGUAUUAUGAGUUUCUGAUGUGCAGAAAUAUCCUUCACUGAUCUUUCCAUAAACACAGUUUGCCCAGAAUGCACUCUGAAUUCUGAAGCAUGCAUUCUUUGUAAUGUGUAAUUAAUUAACUGACUAGCCCUGUGAUUGUGGUGGUCAUUUUGACUUCAGAUAUUUUAUCAUGAACGGAGGUUCAAAUGAAUUAACUACAGACUACCCUUUUCUUCAA